AUGUUCUAUCGAUGUGCGAGCCGUCGACAAGGCCUUUUGUUCUGCGCCAGCAAUAUUCCGUUGACACAAGGUGUUGAAGAUUGGUGUUCGCCGGCCAGCUGGUUAGAGUUCAGACGGUGUAUGAUCAUCGACCAGGUACCUCCCGGUACUGCGAGGUACAUCUGCGAUGGAUCAACAAAAGCAUCGAUUACAACAUCUGCAGAAGCAUCAUUAGUGCGAGCGAUAACAGUAGUUCUCAUUCGCUGCUGUUGGCGCGGACUAAUCAUCCGCUCUCAGAAAUACGAGAGAAAACCCUCGGAUACACCAGCGGCAUCGUAUCGAUUGUACAGUUGCACCACAAUUAUGCCUUCAAUCCACGUCAACAGAGUGUCAAUGACGAUCUGCAACGCGAUAGGGAUGUUUCUGAAGUCAUUGUGGAACACGUAUGGAGCGUCACAGGCUCCUGUCAGCUCCACCAUGGGCCUCCUCAGACGUCAACACCGUCAAAACACCAUCCGGACCACAAACAACGUGACGGCGCCAGAGGCCCCAAGACUCCGGUCUCUUCUCAGAACACACCAGAUCGGCAUAAUCCUGCCCACACCCAUGACGCUCACGACGCUUGCGACGCUCACUCUCAGAACGCCAUGCUGCACAUCACGACUCCAGCCCACGAUGUGGCAAUAG